AUGCGGGUCUGGAUUGCAGGACGAUUCAACCGAGGAUAUGCUGGACGGAUGGAUCACAUGUGGGAUUACAGAGUAUUCGACCGUAAGCAGAGUGGAGUGCAUAAGCGCAUCAUAUAUGUGAAUCCAAUUACUGGCGGUGUCCACUAUGCCUGGGAUCUGGUAACAAAAGUACUCCCAGUGGUAAUCUGGGACGGUGCCGGGACGCUAUUCUAUCUUCGGCGGGAGGAGCCGCUGGUGGGUCUCAGGGUGGCCUAA